UAAAAAUUUCUCACUUCUGCUUCUCCUCCAAGUAAAGUUUCCUCAAAAAUCAAAUAAAUUCCGAAGGAAAAAUUGAUUGUAAUUUGUGAAAAUGGCGCACGAUCCAGAGGAUGAGAUCAAGGACGAGAAGAACCCUAAGCCUCUCGAUGAAGAUGAUAUCGCCCUCCUCAAAACCUAUGGUUUGGGACCUUACUCGAACAGCAUAAAGAAAGCUGAGAAGGAAAUCAAGGAGAUGGCAAAGAAGAUCAAUGAUUUAUGUGGUAUUAAGGAAUCGGACACUGGUUUAGCUGCACCAAGUCAGUGGGAUCUUGUUUCUGAUAAGCAAAUGAUGCAGGAGGAACAACCUCUUCAGGUUGCAAGAUGCACAAAGAUAAUCAAUCCAAACACAGAGGAUGCCAAGUAUGUUAUAAAUGUCAAACAGAUUGCCAAGUUUGUUGUGGGACUGGGUGAUAAAGUUUCACCUACUGAUAUCGAAGAAGGCAUGCGUGUUGGUGUGGACAGGAACAAAUAUCAAAUUCAGAUUCCUUUGCCUCCCAAAAUUGAUCCAAGUGUUACAAUGAUGACAGUGGAGGAAAAGCCAGAUGUUACAUAUAAUGAUGUUGGAGGAUGUAAGGAGCAGAUUGAAAAGAUGAGAGAGGUGGUUGAGUUGCCUAUGCUUCACCCUGAAAAAUUCGUAAAGCUGGGGAUUGAUCCUCCAAAGGGUGUUCUAUGCUAUGGUCCUCCUGGAACUGGCAAAACUCUGCUAGCUAGAGCUGUGGCUAAUCGAACUGAUGCAUGCUUUAUCCGUGUUAUUGGUAGUGAGCUUGUCCAGAAAUAUGUUGGCGAGGGAGCUCGGAUGGUUCGCGAACUAUUUCAGAUGGCUCGCUCCAAAAAAGCUUGUAUUGUAUUUUUUGAUGAAGUAGAUGCCAUUGGAGGUGCACGGUUUGAUGAUGGGGUGGGUGGAGACAAUGAGGUUCAACGCACCAUGCUUGAAAUUGUGAAUCAGCUUGAUGGAUUUGAUGCUCGUGGAAACAUUAAAGUUCUUAUGGCAACUAACAGGCCUGAUACACUUGAUCCAGCGCUUUUACGUCCUGGACGACUAGACCGCAAAGUCGAAUUUGGACUGCCAGAUCUAGAGAGCAGGACCCAGAUUUUCAAGAUUCACACACGCACAAUGAACUGUGAGAGGGACAUUCGAUUUGAACUUCUUGCUCGGCUGUGCCCAAAUUCUACUGGAGCCGACAUAAGAAGUGUGUGCACAGAAGCAGGAAUGUACGCUAUCCGUGCAAGAAGGAAGACAGUCACCGAGAAAGAUUUUCUGGAUGCUGUGAACAAAGUUAUCAAAGGAUAUCAGAAAUUCAGUGCAACGCCCAAGUAUAUGGUUUACAAUUAAUCACUGCACCGUGUUACACUUUUUCUGUACGGUGUGAGACACUGCUGCAGUAACAGGCGCUCUCGAUCUUGGCUGCCAAUUUGAAUUGGUAUGCAGUCGCAAACUCUGGCUUUAUUGCAGUUGAAAAACUUUGUUAGCAGCAUUUGGUAAUUGGCAUGUGCUCAUUCUGUACCGAACUCUUCUUGAUUACAUGUAAUUUGAUCAGAAUGAAAGUGAAUUUAAUUUGUGGAUUUUGUACUAAAA